AGAGAAGCGGUAUGAGGAUCGCCUUGUGCUACAGGUGGGGGAAAGGGCAUUGGCGGAGAUGCGAUCGCAGCAGCAGCAACAGCAGCAGCGAGCUCAAAUGGAGUGCAUGCAACAAUUGCAGCAGGCGCUGCGCUGCAACAGCAGCGGCAACAGGGGCAGCCUGGCGGCGUGGCCUCAACUAGAGUGCUGCCAGCACCACCAGCUGCAGCACCAAGAGCAAUAGCAGCACCUCCAUCUUCACAAGCAAGAGCUUUGUCAGCAGCAGCAAGUGCGCUACCCCCACCACGGGCAGCAGGAGCAUUGGCUGCGCUGCCUUUAGCUGUAGCUGAGGGUGCUGAGGGGAAGCAGCCACACCCCUGCACCCUCCCCCUCGCCUUUGGCCUCUUGACCAGCAUGGGCAGCAGAGCACCUGCCGCCAUGCCACAUGCUGCACCUGCCGCCAUGCCACAUGCUGCACCUGCCGCCAUGCCACAUGCUGCACCUGCCGCCAUGCCACAUGCUGCACCUGCCGCCAUGCCACAUGCUGCACCUGCCGCCAUGCCACAUGCUGCACCUGCUGCCAUGCCACAUGCUGCACCUACUGCGUGCCUCAUGCCGACGCUCCGGUGUUUGCCCUACCAAGGCCGCCAAAAUCAUCAGCUCGUAAAUGUCAACAUCAGGCACCGUCGUCCGUGCCUCACACAUCAUCAGCCCAAACCAACCUUCCGUCCGGGCUCCUCGAUGACCAAAAGGCUUUCCUCUCAUCUCUCACACCUGAAUUCCUCGAAUCUAUCUUUCUCAGGACUGGUCCUCCAAAAAUCCUCUUCCCAGCUGCCACAAUCCCCACAGGCUCAGCAGCAGCUGCUCCUACUACAGCCGCUACAGCGACUACAGCCAUUACAACUGCUACAGCUCCUACAGCCCCUCCAUCUGCUCCCAUGCCUGGCACUGCCCCUCCAUCCUUGCCUCCGGUUUACCGAACCCUACCACCCCUCUUCGCAAGUGCUGCUGCACAUCCGCCGGCUGAGCCCCAUGUUUCUUCUUCCCAGGCUCCUGCCUUGCAGCCUCCUCUGCCGCAGCCUUCUCUGCUCAAGCCCCCUUGUUCUCUGCCGCCUCUGUGGCAGCCUCUUCUGCCUGAGGUUCCUAUCUGGCAGGCUGUUCAGCCGCAUGCCCUCAAGUGCCAUGAGUCGAUGUUUUCUCAGCAGCAGGCAUGGCUGCGAUCACACUGGCUGGAGCAGAGGCAGGGGCAGUGGGAGCAGCAGCAACAGCAGGAGCAGCAGCAGCAGCAACAGCAGGAGCAGCAGCCAUGCCACAAGCAGCUUGUUUCAGUUCCUCCUGGGGUCAACCCCAGCCACGGACAGGUAGUGCAGGGCUCUGGCAGCCAAGAGACUAGGCGGGAAAAGAUUGCCCGGCUGGAAGAUGAGGUUACACGGCUGCAGCAUCUAAUGCACGGCCACGCUCAAAAGAAGGGGGAUGUGUUGAACCUGAGGGAACAGAGGGAUAAGAGCUUGAUCAAACUAGAGGAGCUGUUGGAUGAUGAUGAUGAUGACGGCUUGAAGAGUACGUUGGAGGGUGGGAGUUUGAGUUAUUCAGAGCUACCCGUAAUCCCCCGGAUAUAACACCCCGGGUGUAGUACAAAAUUCGGGCAAAAAUGGGGGGGUGGGUGCUCUAUUUCGCGUUUAUGCUAUAGCACCCUGGUGUUAUAUUUGAGGAUAUAUUUUUUAAGGUUGCAUUGUGUUCCUUGCA